AAACAUUAACAAUGCCGUUCUUGAACUAUCAACAACAUAUCUUGAGCUAACCCAGAAAUUCGAAAUUCGUGUUCUUAUUCCUCUGAGAAAAUUCAUAUAAUGUGUCAAAUAAAGGCAAAUACUCAAGUAAGAGGACCACUUUUAGGAGCUCGUCAUCUUCAAACAUUUUUACUUUUUCUAGCGAUUGUAGUUAAUUAUGCUUCACGACUUAAUAUAUCGGUUUCUUUGGUUGCCAUGACUGAUUCCAAAACAACUAAUCCUAACUUUCACGAAUUCGAUUGGAAUGAAAAAGAAAAGUCUUACAUUCUCAGUAGUUUCUUUUGGGGGUACACUCUUUUCCAACUUCCCGGGGGCUAUGCAGCUCGAAGAAUUGGUGUUAAGAAAACAGUCUUAAUUGGCACAUUCACAAAUUCAAUGGCGGGCCUUUUGGUACCGUAUUGCGUUUUCUGGGGUGGUUGGAAAAUCUUUUGUGCGAUUCGAGUUCUUCAGGGAAUGAGUCAAGGAAUUCUCUUUCCAUGUGUAUAUCAGCAUCUGGCUAAGUGGUCACCUGUGGAGGAACGGAACCGUCUUGGUGUGUUGAGCCAUUCAGGCAUCGAAUGUGGUACAAUCAUGGCAAUGUACGUUACAGGAAUGGUAGCUGCAUCGGAUAUGGGAUGGCCGGGAAUAGCUUACGUGUUUUGUGGAAGUGGACUGGUUUUUAGUUUGAUUUGGCUUAUAUUUGCUGAGAAUACUCCGGCUGAAGCGAAAUUAAUAGCUGAUGCUGAAAGAAAUUACAUCCUCACUUCUCAAGAAAGUCUUGAUGAUAGUCAAAAUGUGAAGAAGAAUAUACCCAUUCCUUGGAAGGCUCUACUAACUUCUGGACCAUUAAUAUCACUUGCUCUAGCUCGAGUGUGUGAUACUUGGGGUUAUGUGACAAUGCAAGCCCAAAUUCCUGCCUAUCUUCACGGGGUCUUGAAAAUGGACAUAAGUAACAAUGCGUUGUUUUCAGCACUACCGUUUGUAACCAUGUGGGGCCUUUCGUUUAUUUACAUGAUAUCAGCCGAUAUAGUUUUGAAUAAUAAGUGGACUUCCCUAUUGGUGGUGCGGAAAACUAUCAACACGAUUGCUAUGUGGGGUCCAGCAGCACUUCUAAUUGCUAUCGGAUUUCUCAAUGAAAACCAAAGAGCUCUAGCCAUAACUUUCAUCACUCUCAAUGUUGGCUUAAACGGUGGGCAUAUCAUUGGCUGUUUGAUGAAUCAAAUUGAUCUAUCACCAAAUCAUGCUGGGAUACUGAUGGGCUUGUUAAAUACUUUAGCGGGUAUUGUGUCGGUUGUGUGUCCAUUAGUUGUGGGAAUUAUCGUUCAAGAUGAAACUGACCGAUUCCAAUGGCUGAUUGUGUUUUGGAUAACAGCAGGACUAUUCUUUGUAGGAAACUUGCAAUUCUUAUUUUUUGCCCAGACCAAGGCACAACCCUGGAAUGAUGAAGAUUUUAUGAAUAAGAAAUAACUAAAAAUAGCAAAAAAAAAAAACAAAGUUUUCGAAGUGAAUUUAUGUUUAUAUAAUGUUUUAUUAGAUAACUAAACUUUAUAAAACGAUACUUUACGAACUUUUAAGAGUUAAAUCAUUAAAUAAUUAAGUGAUAAGAAAACCCACGCGUAUAUCGUAAAUUAUGUUCUCUUUUUUGAUAUCUUAUGAGAUAAGAUUUUUUUAAUUGUUCAUGAGAGGAGAUAUGCAAAUAAGCAAAUAAUUGAUUACCUGUCAUUAACAUUGUAGCUAGAGAAUCAUAGAUUCUAACUGAUUUAGUUUCUCAGUAUGAUUUGAGAUUGAGAUACCAGAAAAGUUAUUGUUGAGGUGAUAAUAGAUAUGGAACUAAAAACAGUCUUUGACAAAGAGUUCUUAUGAGAUAAUCUAAGUAUCGAGCAAUAUGACAGAUCACAAAGGUAGAUAUUUCUAAAUUUAUAAAAUUUCACCAACAUUCAUAAAUAAAAAUCAUUUCUUCUUAUAUUGAAAUUAAAUAAAUUAUUACAAUUUUUAUUGUAUUCUGAUUUCUUAGCCAAUAAGAAA